AUGGACAAGCUUGUAGCGGUGUCCCGGUUGCAAGGCCUAGCGGCGGUGGUCGUUUUGUGCCUUGCGCUGCUUUAUCUUGCCCGGGGUCUCAAAGAUCCCCUUCGCUCGAUACCAGGACCGUUUUGGGCCAAACUGUCUGGCGCCUGGAUUAUAUUGCUGGAUCUUUCGGGAAAUCGAAGCACAACGAUCCACGAUUUGCACCUGAGACAUGGCCCUGUCGUGCGAAUUGCCCCAAACCAGCUGUCGUUCUCGUCCACUCGAGCCCUCAAGGAUAUUUACGGAGCCAAUUCCAAGUAUACCAAGGCUGAGAUCUACGAAUCAUUAGGUCAAAAAGGCAUCUUUACGACUCGCGACCGGGACGAAUACCGAGUGGCCAAGAAACGAGUCGUUCCAAGCUUCUCUCAAGCUUCAAUCGCCCAGAUGGAGGACAUGAUUCACGGCCAUGUGGCAAAUCUAGUGAAGUGCUUGGACAAACGGCUGAACAUUCCACUAGACGUCCUACCGUGGUUUCGAAUAUUUGCCCUUAGUGUUGUUGGUGACGGCUUCGCGGGUAAGAGCUUCGGCGGCCUCGAGACGGAAAAGACGCCUCAGUUGCUGCUCGAUCUCGAUGCCGUGUUCCCCUCUCUCUGGGUUUGGUGGAUGUUUCCUACGACUUCCAAAAUCUUACAGUACGCCCCAGUCAAAGCCAUCCGCGACUUCCUCAGGGCUGGCGAUGAUUUCAAUCAGUAUUGCGGCAAUGCAUUCUAUGAAUACUUACUCCACGUCGAUCCCGCGGGGCGACAUGAUUUGAUCGCCAAGAUGCUGAACGAAAGGGACGAACUCAAGGGAAAAACCUCAGACAUCCCACGGGCCUUGACCGAUAAGGGAAUCAUCGACGAAGUCACGAACCUCGUUUUUGCCGGAACCGACUCCACAGGAAACACCCUUUCAUACUUGUUCUACGAAUUGUCGAAUCAACCUAAAUGGCAACUGCGACUACGCGAGGAGCUCAAGGACGUGCCAACCUCUCACAGGUAUAACGUCGUGGCCGAACUGCCGAUACUUGAAGCCGUCGUGCAAGAGAUACUGCGGCUCCGACCAGCGGCACCAGCCAGCUUGCAGCGUAUUACCCCCGAUACAGGAGGGGUAAUCGACGGCGUGGUCGUACCCCCAAAGACGAUUGUUUCGUGCCAGGCAUUGACGAUUCAAAGAAAUCCGCUUAUCUUCCCGGAUCCAGACACAUUCAACCCGCAGCAUUGGCUAGAUGUCGAUGGACCAGAACAGUUGGAGACCAUGCGCAAUCACAUUACCGUCUUCGGUAAAGGUGCCCGGGCGUGUUUAGGGAGAAGUCUAGCGACAAUGGAGAUUAAGCUGGCCACGGCCGCGUUGAUCACACGAUACAAUGUUGAGAUUGGCGGUGUAACAACACAUAAUGAUAUGGAAAUGGCGUGCCACUUUGUGCUGGUUCCUAAAGGGAAACAAUGUAUUCUAAAGUUCACUCCAGUUUUAUAG